AAAGAGUAGAAUCAUAAAAGAAUGAGAACUAUGCCAUUUUCCUCACAAUUGAGAUGGUCACCACAUGAAUUUGCUUUGUGCCUUGAAAAAUGCCUGAAAGCAAAGACCUUGAGACCCGGCAUGCAGGUCCAUGCCACCGUGGUCACUAGUGGAACAAACAUGAACAUUUUGUCUCUUAAUUCAAAGCUUGUUGGAAUGUACGCUAGUUGUGCUCAUCUGAAAUCAGCUAGGCUUUUGUUUCAAAAGAUUGAACACCCCAAUGUUUUUGCAUUCAAUUGGAUGAUUCUGGGGUUGUCUUUCAAUGGACACUUUGAUGAUGCAUUGUUGUACUUUCGUUGGAUGCGCGAGGUUGGCCACAUGGGCAACAAUUUCACCUUUUCUGUUGUUCUUAAGACCUGUGUUGGCUUGAUGGAUGUGAAAAUAGGGAGACAGGUUCAUGCCAUGGUUUUUGAAAUGGGUUUUCAAAAUGAUGUCUCCGUUGCCAAUGCUCUCAUAGAUAUGUAUUGCAAAUGUGGCGGCAUUUCUUGUGCUCACAGCGUGUUUGAUGGAAUGCGUGAGAGGGAUGUUGCCUCGUGGACGUCAAUGAUUUGUGGGUUUUGUAACGUGGGGGAAAUUGAGCGAGCAUUGGUGUUGUUUGAGAGGAUGAGGUUGGAAGGGUUGGAGCCAAAUGAUUUCACAUGGAAUGUGAUUAUUGCAGCGUAUGCUCGGUCAAGUGAUAGCAGCAAAGCUCUUGCGUUCUUUGAGAGAAUGAAACGGGAAGGUGUUGUUCCUGAUGUGGUUGCAUGGAAUGCAUUGAUUUCUGGGCUUGUACAAAGUCAUCAACUCAGGGAAGCGUUCAAGAUGUUUAGGGAGAUGAUACUUUCCGGGAUUCCGACAAAUCAAGUGACCGUGGUUGCACUGCUUCCUGCAUGUGGAUCAGAAGGUUGCAUUAAAUGGGGAAGAGAGAUUCAUGGAUUUGUAUGCCGGAAGGGGUUUGAUGCGAAUGUUUUCAUUGCUAGCGCUCUUAUUGACAUGUAUUCAAAGUGUGGGAGUUUGAAAGAUGCUCAAAAUGUAUUUGACAAGAUUCCAUUUAAGAAUGUUGCGUCAUGGAAUGCAAUGAUUGGUUGUUAUGGAAAGUGUGGCAUGGUUGAUUCGUCCUUGGAGCUGUUCAAAAGAAUGCAGGAAGAGGGACUGCAGCCAAAUGAAAUUACUUUUACAUGUAUUCUUUCAGCAUGCAGCCAUGGUGGUUUAGUGCAGAAAGGUUUAGAGAUUUUCUCAUCAAUGAAUGAAUGUUAUGGGAUUAAGGUAAGCAUGAAGCAUUAUGCUUGUGUGGUUGAUCUCUUGUGCCGCUCCGGAAGGACGGUAGAAGCAUGUGAUUUUUUCAAAGCCUUGCCAAUACAAGUCACAGAGUCAAUGGCCGGAGCUUUUCUACAUGGUUGCAAAGUCCAUGGAAGAAGAGAUCUGGCUAAAAUGAUGGCAGAGGAAAUAAUGAGAAUGAAGUUAAAGGGACCAGGUAGCUUUGUUACACUAUCAAAUAUAUAUGCUGCUGAAGGUGACUGGGAAGAGGUUGGGAAUGUAAGGAAUGUGAUGAAAGAAAGAAAUGUCCAUAAGCAGCCUGGUUUUAGUUGGCUUGAAAAGCUAGGUGAGGUUACAUGAAGGGAGGAAACAGAAAGAAGGUAGCAAUAUGGUGGGACUAACACUCCAGACUGACCACAUGUAAAAACAAUUGCAUUCGACAUAGCAGCUUGUAGAGCUGCAGGGGCCAUAGCAGACCAUGAACACCCCUCCAGAAGUUGACGUUUGGACUAUGAUGUUACUUGAUAAUAAAAUAGCACAAGGCAUAAACUGGAAUCAGGUUUUGUUGGGUAGGUUCAAGGCUUGUGGAACCAACAAGUUAAUAGCUUUCAGGACUAGUUAGAGGGUUGAGGAGAUUGGCCGUACUUGUUGUCCAGAGUGCUUUGGUAUGCAUGAGUUUUCAUAGAUGAUAAUUCUCUAGGCCAUGCAAUUGUUGAGACUUUUCUGAUUAGUGGUUACUGAUCGCCAACACGAUACUGGUAGUGUGAAACAGAAGUUGGAAACCGGCGAAGUGCGAAGCAUCAAUUCAAUGAAGGGGAUGGGGCAUUCUAUGGACCAAAGAUAGACAUCAGUGUAUCUGAUGCAUUAAGUAGGAAAUUCCAUUGGGCAACUUUGCAGCUUGACUUCCAGGCUCCUGAUCGUUUUAAGUUGGAAUUCUUUACUGAGGAUGAAGCCAAAAUUGAGAGACCUGUAAUGAUACAUAAAGCAAUUGUAGGAUCUAUUGAACGCAUGUUUGCCAUAGUUUUAGAGCACUAAUAGGGUAAAUGGCCUUUCUGUGAAGCAAUUGUAUGUCCUGUGUCUGAAAAAUCACAAUCUUAGGCACUACAGGUUUUGAUACUCUAAGAUGGAAACAUGUUGAUAAUUUUGAAGCAUAGCUCGUCUUGACAAGGUUAUUCUCUUAAUUCUUCUUCCUGCUUGCAAGUGGCUGAUGCAAAGGUUGUUUUCUCCGGAGAGUUUUGUUGAAUUAAUCAAUUUGUCCUUGGAGAGAAAAAGCAAUUCUAUUAGCUGUCUGGAUCAAUAAGUGCACGCGUGAAGGCCACAGAAUAAAAGGAAAGUUCUUACUGUAAUGUGUUUUCAUUGUUCAAUUUGUUCUAGCUAAGGGAAUUUUGAUUGCAGCUCUGCAUUUGCCUUUGUAGGAUUGAAAUGAUCAGGAGAAAUCAAGAGAAUUGAUCCAAGAAGCACCAAGUUGAGCACGAGAUUUAUGCACAAGGAUGAACCAAACUGUGGGCACGUGAAUAUUUUGGGCACAAAGGAGUUGGACCGUAAAAACAUAGAGUAGUAGCAUAGUUUUGUUUCUUUGAAUUUUUUUUGUAAUCUGAUUUGUAAUGGGCUUGUGUUAGCCUACUGUUAGCUUUAGCUUUGUUUUGUAAAAGGCCUUUUAAAAAGUCCAAGUAUUUGGAAGAGUCCUUGGUGCUCUUUCAACUCUUGGAACCUUUCUUGAUUGCUUAAUUUUUUGAAUUUUGAUUUUACAUGUUAGUAGUGAUUUAGGCUAAGAGAUUAAACUCUAAGCCUUGUCACAUUAGAUUCCAAGGAGUCUAGUCUUUUAAUUGUGUUUAUUUGUUUGUUUGUUCGUGAGUCAUGUACUUUGUUUCUAAAGGUGAUUUUAGUUUAAGGGGCAAAUAGUUAGUAACAUUAGACAUUUCUGACAAGGAAAGACUUAGUACAUAAGAAGUUUUUUGGCUCACCUCUCUUACCUGGAACUUGUCUAAGUGAAAGCUUUUAACCCUUUAGAUUAAGAAAACUUUUAAAAACAAAGAUGUCUUGUUAUGGUUCAUAUAGGUCUUCUAGGUCAUCUAGGAUAGAAAAUUGUGAUGAGAUGUUUAAUCGAGCUAGGAAUCUUCCAUUCUUUGAAAAAGACAUAGGUACAUUAACAUACCUAGCUUGGGAACAACAAAUUGAUAAAAUAAAUCCUUGGUUUUAUAAAGACAGGGAAUCUUAUGUCCUUAACAUAUAUCUCUCUAAGUUAGAAGAGCAUGCAAGUAAGUGGUGGGAUGAAAGACAAUAUCAUGUUAGGAAAGGUAGAAAGUCCCCCAUUCGUGAUUGGCAUGAUUUAAAAGCUUGCAUGAGAAGAAAGUUUGUGCCUUCAAGCAUUAAAAGAAAACAAGAAUUAAUUAGAGAUUGCAUUGAAGAUGAAAAAUUAUUUCUUGAGAGUUUAAAUGAUCAUGAGUUUCUUCGUAGAGAACUAGAAUUUGGGGUAAGACUUAAAGAACUCAAGGAUAAGAAAAGAGAAAGAGAGAUUGAGAGAAAAGAAGAGGAAGAAAGGAGAGAAGAAGAGAAGAAUAAAAGAAGAAGAGAAGAAGAAAAGAGGAAGAAAGAAAAGAAGAGAGAAGAGAAGAGGAUAAGGAAAGAGAAGAAGAAAAGAAGAGAGAAGAGUAAGAAAGGGAAAAGAAAGAAAAAGAGAAAUUGCUAAUGGA